AUGAUCCGCCAGAUUGCUUAUGGCUGUCUUGUCUUGGCUGUCAUUAUUGUAACCAUCUUCUCCCUUGAGGAAACUGAAACCUCCACUCGUGUCCAGCGUUUGAUUGCCCUCUUUGGCAUGCUUGUAUUCUUGGGUGUCGUCUUCCUUUCAUCUACCAACCAUAGAGCCGUAAGAUGGAACACUAUUUCCGGUGCCAUGUUGCUCCAGUUCUUGUUGGCCUUGUUCGUCUUCCGUUCUGGUGCCGGUCAGAGCAUCUUCUCGUGGUUGUCCACCUUCUGUGAGGGAUUCCUUGGAAAGUCUUACUAUGGUACUUCUUUCGUGUUCGGUGCUGCCGUUGCUGAUUCCGGUUCCUUUGGCGUUGGUGUACUCCCUGCUGUCAUUUUCUUCGGUGCCGUUGUCCAGGUUCUCUACUACAUGGGUGCUCUUCAGUGGAUUCUUGUAAGAGCUGGUAAAGUCUUUAUGACAGUUUUGGGUGUUUCUGGUGCCGAAUCUAUUGUCGCAUGCGCCUCUCCUUUCCUUGGUCAGUGUGAAAAUGCUAUGCUUAUCAGACCUUUCUUGCCUCACUUGACUACUGCCGAAAUGCACCAAAUCAUGACUUCUGGUUUCGCUACCAUCUCUGGUUCCGUGCUUUACGGUUACAUUGCCAUGGGUGUCUCUGGCCAGGCGCUUUUGACUUCAUGUGUCAUGUCUAUCCCUUGCUCUCUCGCUAUCUCUAAGCUGCGCUACCCUGAGGUAUCCGAGCCCUUGACCAAGGGUGAGGUCAAGAUGCCCGAGAGUCCCGAAAAGUGUGUCAACUUACUUCACGCCGCUGGUGUCGGUGCCUCGAUUGGUAUGAACGUUGCUUUGCUCAUUAUUGCCAACUUGAUCUGCUUGCUUGCCCUACUUUACGCCGUCAAUGCUGGUCUGACCUGGCUCGGUAACUUUAUCACCAUUCACGAGUUGACUCUCCAGCUGAUUACUGGCUAUGUCUUUGUGCCUAUUGCCUGGUUGAUUGGUGCCGACAACAGCGACCUUGUCCAUGUUGGUCAGUUGAUGGCCUACAAGAUCUGGGCCAACGAGUUCGUUGCCUAUGAUUUGAUGACCACCACCUACAAGGACCUCCUUACUCCCCGCUCCACUAUUGUCUGCACCUACGCUCUCUGCGGUUUUGCUAACCUUGGCAGUGUUGGUAUGCAGAUCGGUGUCUUGACCACCCUUGCCCCUAAGCGUGGUGGUGAAAUCUCACGUCUUGCUGUUUCUGCAAUGAUCUGUGGUGCUUUCUCAACAUGGGUAUCUGCUUCUAUUGCAGGCAUGCUGUCUUAA